CUUCACUGACUUGACAGUUGAACUUGAGCGAGACAACAAAUGGGUAAUCAAACAAGCUCCUUAAACUCAGAUGUCUAUGUGUCAUUGGACUCUUCUAGUCGCACUUCCAGCCCUUUGAACAUAAAAGAUUUUUUGAUAAGGUACAGAAAAUACCUACCACUCGUUGUUUCUACCUACGGGAUAAAAAAGAAAGUGCGGUCCAAGGCUUCUUUCGGUGAAGGUCAUUCACUCUGUGUUCAUUUCCAAAAGGAGAGUGAUGUUGUGCUGGCUGUAUCUAAGGAAGGGGCCAAGUAUUUCGUUCCCGUUAGAUCGACCUUUAUGUGUAGUCCGAUAUAUGACAAUCCUCGCAAGAAAGGGACUGUUUUUGAAGGCGUUCAGGAACUUCUGCAACACUCACCUUUACCCCAAAUAGUAUACACAACUCAGGGCUACCUUAGUCCAAGUGGUGAAGAAACAUCGUCUGUUGAAGAAGGCCAGAUUCUUGCAAUUAAGGGCACAGAGAUUCUGAAUGGACAAAAUACAUUGUGGUGCAUAGAUAUUCACUCAUAUGAGCAAAAAAAUCUCGAAAUGUCAUGUACUGCUUCCUUCUCAACGGAUACCUCUUUGUUGAGAUUGGUAUUAGCAAGUGUUAUCGAUCAUUUGACACUACCAAUUGAUGUUGUUUUUUCUGCACCUGACAGUCAUGGCUCAUCAUGUGUAGGAUUUCCUGAAUCACUCAUUUGUACCUUAACAAAUAAAUUUGAGACACAAUCCAUCAUUACUUCACCAUAUUCUGCUAACCCUAGCUCUAACCCUCCAAAGAAUGUGGUUGAAAUUCUCAGUGAUGCACCAAUUCAAGUUUGUGUCCUAUCUCUAUCAAAAGAUGAAGAACGAGUGCUUAAAGAAAUGACACGAAAUCUUCUGACCACUUUCUCCCCGAACCUUGUUGCAGAAGUUGUUGGUCACAUUACUACUCCAAUUGAUACUAAAAUCCAAACAGCACUGUUUCAGUGUCUGGAGCAAGAUUAUUACUGGAGCAAGGAAUUUGUUAGUAAGGAGCUAGUAGCUACACUAACAACACCAAGUCACAAUCAGGCACAAGUUCCCUCACGUAAUAAGAUACUGCCAACUAACUUUUAUGAAAAAGAAGAGGAAGAAGAUGCAGAAAUUUCUGAAGACACUUACGAAGAAGUAGGAACAUUUAAUCAACAAGUAAUUCAAGCAGCAUUGCCUUCAACAAUACCUUCAUUACCCAUAUUGCCUACACCUAAACACAAUUUGUCACCUUCAAUGAUGCAAAGACAUAGCAUUGAUACAGCAAGUCUUGCUAGUCAGCUAAGGAAGCAGGAUUCUAACAAAACUGACAAUGAAAUAUCAAAUGAUACAAGAGAAAGAAACAAGGAAAUACUUGAUAAUUAUUCUGUGACGGAAGUUUUGAAACUAUUAGAAGACAUGAAUUUAGGCCAGUACAAGAAAAAAUUUGAAGAAGAACAAAUCACUGGAUCAUUACUCCUAGAAAUUGAUGAUGACAUUCUUCAAAAUGAACUAGGUGUGACAAGCAAGCUUCAUCGUUUAAAGAUUACACGAAUCAUUGAAGGUCGUCAAACAUUAUUUAAGUAGACUAAAAAGUAAACUAGAUUACUAGUACUCUUACUGUUGAGUAAUAAUAUUUAAUUUUAAUAACCAAGAAAUUAAUUUCUGUUUCUGUUGACUCACAAAACACAAA